UUUCGUUGUCUCUCUCUGUGUCAUGCCAUGAGAGAGAGAGAGAGAGAAGAGUUAGUAAUGAAUUUGGAAUUGUGUUGUUGCUGCAGUGCAGGCCCUCCAUUAAAUAAGUCAGAGCUUUGCGGCUUCUCAUAAACAAACACAAAAACUUCGUCACUUUCAUUUUUUCAUUGAGUCAAGAAACCUAGAACUUUCCUUCAGUUGUAGAGGAUUCAGGGUAGAAUACUGUUAAUUUCAAUGUCUUCUGAUCUUUAUACUUUUGACAUUCCUUUCCCCAGACAUUCAGACACAGACAACAUGGUCUCCUACGAUGCAGAUGGAAAUCUCAUGUUUUUCUCUGAUCCUUAUUCCUUCCCUUUCCUCACUGCCUCUCCGGUUCAUGAUGUGGCUAAAGGGAAUUUUACCAACUCUCUUCACCCUUCUUUCUUCUCUUAUUCUCCUCAGCAAAACCAGAGCCUCUGUCAUGCUAACCUGGCGCAGCAUGUAUCAAAUGGCUCAAAUAUGAAGUCUGAGUUUAGAAAUUUCUCUGCUUUGCAUGGCUCCGAAGUGACAGGUGAGGAGUGCCAAAUGGGUAUGGAUUACUCCUGCAAUCAGCACUUUCUUUCUCAAACUUUUCAUGCUUCUUCUGAUAGUGCAUCAAAGGUAAUGCAGAGGAGCUUCAGCUGUAACUCUUUCGGGGUGAAGCCAGGUUUCCCCUUUGAACCUCACCCCGACACUCUCAUGGACUCCCCAAAUUUUCAAUUGCAUGCUCUGAUUUCCCCUGAAAACAGUUUCUUCACGGGACAAAUGAGGAGGGUGUGUAGUACUGGAGAUUUACAGAACAUGAAAGCAACGGAUAUGUCUCAAGUGGAGAGCCCCUUGUUGGAGGAAGCAUACUUCAAAGUGGGGCGUUACAGUGCCGAAGAAAGAAAAGAAAAAAUCUCUAAAUACAGAGCGAAGAGAAGCCAGAGGAAGUUCAACAAGAUUAUCAAGUAUGCAUGCCGAAAGACGCUAGCCGACAAUCGAACCCGCAUACGUGGCAGAUUCGCUCGCAACGACGAAAUCAGCGAGAUUCCGAAACCACUUUCUUCAACUUCGACAACAGAAGAAUACGAAGACGAAUUCUGGGUUGAGUUCAUCGAAGGAUUAAACGAGGAGGUCAUCGGUUAGAUGGAAGCAGAAGAAUGUGCAGAAUUUCAGUUUCUGUAUCUAUGUGUCUUUGGAGUCUUGACAGAAGCGUCUUUUUGGAAGACCCUUUCUACGAUACCACUUAGAACGAAACAAAACAGCCUUUUGUAGGCAAAGGAAAGAUUACAAAAGGCUUUUCCAUUCAUCUUAAAUAAUAAAAGUCUAAGUAUAUUUGCAGCAUAAGAUAUGGUAUGGAAGUCAAAUGUAAGUUGGGCAGUUAUAGGUUGUUUUUGUUGCUUAAUUCUAUUCUUGUUUUCCAUUUGUUCAUUGUAUAUAACCAUGUAUCAUAUUAAAUAAAUGUAUGGUUAGAAAAUAUGUACACACUUUCUA